AUGGAAUUUCAAAUCCUAAAAUCGUUACUAACCCUUUUCUUCUUCGUUUCAAUUACGUUCACCACCUCGGUCGUGGCUUCUUCUUCAUCCGUUACCCGUCCCGUGAAACCAUACAUCAAAAAGGCUUGCAAAACGACGCCGUAUCCACGCCUUUGCGAGAUCUCCCUCACCUUACAUGCUUCACAAACCAAAAGAACACAACAAGAGUUCUGCAGAGCAACCAUGGCUUCUUCUCUCAAAACUACACGAGAUGCCACCUCCAUAAUCUCCAAGUUAUCUCGCCAGAAGAUGUCUACCUAUGAAGCUAAGGUCAUUAGAGAUUGUGUUGAUAAUCUUCAAGACUCUACCGACGAGCUCCAAAGAGCCAUCGCUGCAAUAAAAAACUUGAGUCGUGCUAAAGAUGUGAACUUUCAGUUACAUAGUAUCAAAACAUGGAUGAGUGCUGCAGAGACCGAUGCUAUGACUUGCAGCGAUGGGUUGAGCGGCGGCGCUGGUCGGAAGGUGAGGUCGAAGGUGAAGCAAGAGGUGAAGAAGAGUGUUGCGGUUGUGGUGAGGCAUAUCAGUAACGCCUUGUCCCUCCUCAACACCUUCAAAUACAAAUCCUGA